GCUGCUUUUAAAUAGACAAGGUCUACUUCAACAGCUUCAAUUUAGCUAUUUCUGUAGAAAAAUUACCUAAACACACUUUGCAGUUCCUGGCUGUACUUGCCAGGGUAAAGGGAAGUUCAUAUUCUGGAAAAGUCUGCUGCUUCUCAUUUGUUCCUGGGGACCUUUCUUCGUGGAGACGAGGUGAGGACUCCUCUCAUUGGAGAGAAUCGCUGCUUUGUGACACCUGCCUCCUCAUUUUCCUCUCACGACAAGGCUAAGGUACCUGCGAAGAUGCUCCACUUACAGGGUCCACAGAUGCUGCAGAUGCUAGAAAAAUACUUAAGGAAGAGCCUCCCUGAGUCCUUAAAGGUUUAUGGGACCACCUUCCACAUGAACCAGGGAAACCCUUUCAAGCUACAGGCCCUGGUGGACAGGUGGCCUGAUUUUAAUACAGUGGUUAUCCGCCCUCAGGAGCAGGAGAUGACAGAUGACCUUGAUCACUACACCAAUACUUACCAAGUCUACUCCAAGGACCCUAAGAAAUGUCAGGAAUUACUUGGUUUGCCAGAAGUCAUCAACUGGAAGCAACAUUUGCAGAUUCAAAGUUCACAGUCCAGCCUGGAUGAUGUGAUAAACAAUCUUGCGGCUAUUAAAUUGGGCAAGGUGAAGCGAACACAGUGCUUUCUCUAUAUGGUCUCUGAGACAACAAAGAAAUUGGCUACUUCCUUGCUGGAUGCAAAAAACGUAUCACCCAACGGUGAUAAAUACAACUCCAUCCAUCAAAAGGUGUUGAAACUCUCAUCCCUGGAUCCUACCCACGCUGCCUUGGUGAAUAAAUUCUGGCAUUUUGGUGGCAAUGAGAGGAGCCAGCGGUUCAUCGAGCGCUGUAUCCGGACCUUCCCCACCUUCUGCCUGCUGGGGCCUGAGGGGACCCCUGUAUCCUGGGCCCUAAUGGACCAGACAGGAGAGCUGCGGAUGGCAGGCACCAUACCUGAGUACCGGGCCCAGGGCCUCAUCACCUACCUCAUCUAUGUCCAGGUUCAGGCUCUAGACAAACUUGGCUUCCCCAUGUAUUCCCAUGUAGAUAGGGCCAAUCACAUCAUGCAAAAACUGAACUUCAAGCUGCAGAAUAUCUCUGUGUCCAGUGACUGGAACCAGUGGAACUUUGUGCCUCUGUGA